GAAACCUCGGCCAGUGACCGCCAGUCGACAUGGGUAUCAAAGGUCUCUACGGUCUGAUCUCCGAGCAUGCUCCCGCCGCUAUCAAGGAACAUGAAAUUAAAACACUUUUCGGGCGAAAGGUGGCCAUUGACGCGUCCAUGUCGAUAUACCAGUUCCUCAUUGCUGUUCGACAACGCGACGGGGAAAUGUUGACGAAUGAUGCUGGGGAGACGACUAGUCAUCUCAUGGGAUUCUUCUACCGGACGAUACGGAUGGUGGAGAACGGUAUUAAACCUGCGUAUGUUUUCGACGGGAAACCACCCGAGCUCAAAUCAGGAGUGCUCGCCAAACGGUUUGAAAGACGAGAGGAGGCUAAGGAGGAGGGUGAAGAAGCCAAAGAGACGGGUACCGUUGAAGAGAUGGACCGUUUUGCUCGACGUCAGGUUCGAGUGACGAAGGAGCAUAAUGAAGAGUGCCGGAAACUAUUGAAGUUGAUGGGUAUCCCUGUCGUUGUGGCACCAUCCGAAGCAGAAGCGCAGUGCGCCGAACUCGCGAGGGGAGGGAAGGUCUAUGCCGCCGGCUCUGAAGAUAUGGACACGUUAACAUUUAAUGCUCCUAUUCUCCUCCGCCAUCUCACUUUCUCGGAAGCUAAAAAACAACCAAUCAGCGAGAUCGACCUUGCGAAAGUUCUCGAAGGCCUGGAGAUGGAUAUGUCUCAGUUCAUAGAUCUUUGCAUACUACUAGGUUGCGAUUACCUAGAGCCCAUUAAGGGUAUCGGGCCAAAGAACGCUCUCAAGCUGAUUCGGGAACAUGGAGGCCUGAAGGGUGCCAUAGAAGAACUACGGAAAAAAGUAGCCGCGAAAGGGGAAGAAGCCGGAGACGACGCUAAAAAGAAAAAGGGCGGCAUCCAUAUACCCCAGGACUGGCCCUGGGAGGAAGCGAAGAAGCUGUUCGAGAAACCUGAUGUGAUACCAGCGGAUGAACUCGAAAUCGAGUGGCAGAAUCCAGAUGUCGAUGGUUUGGUGGAUUUCUUGGUCACUGAGAAAGGCUUCAACGAGGAUCGGGUACGAAAGGGUGCUGAGAAACUUCAGAAGCAUCUCAAUGCGAAACAGCAAGGCCGUCUGGACGGUUUUUUCAGCGUCAAGCCUAAGACAUCCCCCCAGAGAGAGGAGAAGACGAAAGGAAAGGGAUCCGGCAAGGACGCGAAGGGCACGAAACGAAAGAUCGAGGACAAGAAGGGUGAUGUUGCAACCAAGAAGGCGAAGACGAAGAAAUAGGACUGCGCCGCGUCUCGAGUCUGCCGUUCCCCUUUCAUUGACAUCUCUCAUUGCCUGUGGUCCGGUUUCGUAUUUUGCUUUUCUUCUGUCCAUCGUCUUGUAUAACAGCAGUGUAUUAUAUUUUAAUGGCACUUCUAGUUUACCUCGGUCCACUUCUG